AGUCUUCUGUAUCCUUUCGGGCAGUGAAGCACAUAGAUUCUUACCAAAUACCGUAUUAGAACACGUGGUUCUUGGCGAAAAUUCAUCGGACCACAAUAAAUUAUCGGGUAGUGAGGCGUAAGAGGUGUACGCCCGCGAAUUUAAUCGAGUAGAAGUCAAGUUUUGGUACGGGCUAGAGACGUUUGUUUGUUUGUUUUUUUGCCAAUUAAUUACAUUUGGUUGGACACAUUUUUUGCGAAGGGACUUUUUUGGUUUUAUGGUGAUUUUACUUUGAAAUAUAAAUUGUGAAUGGACGCGGUUUAUGCUUUGAGCGUUCAAUUUGUAUCAAGGUAAUCCCAAGAGAUCAACCUGGGAGCCACCUCCGGACCCGUCCCGACUCCGGGCGGGUUUUCUCCAGUCAUUUCCGCUGCAAAAACGCUUUCGUUGAGGGAAUCACCUUGCGCAGAAGCUCUGUGGAAAAUGCCACAUAAAGAAGAGGACUUCAUGCAUCAUGCAAUGGGCCAAAAUUCAUUGUUUGGAUGUUCCACAGCCGGACACAGCGGAAUCAAUCAAUUAGGAGGUGUCUACGUAAACGGUCGACCACUUCCAGAUUCGACUCGACAAAAAAUCGUGGAAUUGGCUCAUUCGGGAGCACGUCCAUGCGACAUCUCAAGAAUAUUGCAAGUAUCCAACGGUUGUGUCUCAAAAAUAUUGGGCAGGUAUUACGAAACCGGAUCUAUAAAACCAAGAGCUAUUGGUGGAUCGAAGCCUAGGGUUGCUACGACGCCUGUCGUGAAUAAAAUCGCCGAGUUUAAAAGGGAGUGUCCUUCGAUAUUCGCUUGGGAAAUCAGGGACAGGCUGUUGAGCGAAGCAGUGUGCAAUAACGAUAAUAUACCCAGUGUAUCAUCUAUCAACCGAGUUUUGAGGAAUUUAGCUUCGCAGAAAGAACAACAAGCAUCAGCCCAAAACGAAUCCGUGUACGACAAGUUGAGAAUGUUUAACGGGCAAACACCAGGGUGGGCUUGGUAUCCCGGGACUCCCACAGCACCUCCACUUGGCCUUCCCCCAGCACCAACAGCUCUUACCAGUCAAAUUUCAAGAGACGAUUUACAAAAAAGAGCUGAUGUUAUGCACGAAAAUACGUCCGAUGGUAAUUCUGAGCACAAUUCAUCGGGUGACGAAGAUUCCCAGCUCAGAUUGAGACUGAAAAGGAAACUACAAAGGAACAGAACCUCGUUUACCAAUGAACAAAUCGAUAGUUUGGAAAAAGAAUUUGAGCGUACACACUAUCCAGACGUCUUCGCUAGGGAGCGAUUAGCAGAGAAAAUUGGAUUACCUGAGGCACGUAUCCAGGUCUGGUUCAGCAACCGACGAGCGAAAUGGAGGCGAGAAGAAAAAUUACGAAAUCAACGUCGAUCUGUCGAUCACGUAGGUGCUGUCAGCCCCCCCGCUUCGGCCCCCCGCUUACCAAUCAAUUCCGGUUUCAAUUCAAUGUAUUCGUCGAUACCGCAGCCCAUCGCUACUAUGGCCGACACCUAUAAUUCAAUGCAAAGCGGACUGACAUCGAGUUGUCUCCAACAAAGAGAAGCAACCGGCUACCCGUACAUGUUCCACGAUCCAUUACAUUCGUUGAGCUCUUCGUAUAAUUCAAGAAGUUGUAAUCCUGCAAUAGCUCAUACGCAACCUACAACGCAUCAUCCAUCGUAUGGUAGUAAUGCUUCUUCUUCCGUACCUUCAUCAACCGGCACAGGUGUGAUAUCAGCCGGUGUAUCGGUCCCAGUACAAAUUCCCAGUCAAUCAACAUCGGACUUGGCUUCUAGUUAUUGGCCGCGACUUCAGUGAUCUCAGCUCUUCGGGUUUCCUCCGCCGAGCUUGCUCGUGCCACAGGAAAACCCGGCCCUGCAAGCUACUAUCACGCCCCCUAUUGUCGCUUCGACGUCACCUGAAGAAUCUUCCUAGACUGUGGCAAUUGACGAUAUUAGCGCGCCACGGUUUUGUAUAUCGGAUGCAGGUAACUACUAGUCGUGUUAUUACACAUUUUAGGAGAUUUGCCGAGCGGUAGAGUUCGCCAGCCGGACUGCAGGGUACUCUGUGAAUAAUGUGUACAAAGCGGGACAUUUGAAAUAUUUUAAAAGUAUUGAACGAUUUUUAUGAUAUCAAAGAUGUACAGAUUUAAAUGUUGCAAGUUUUUACUGUUAUAUUUUUUGAAUAUUUAAACGAUAUACUAAAAAUGAAUGAAUAAGUUUAUUCGAGGUCUUUAAAAUUAUCGUUUCUAUAUCUCAUUUUUUUAAAUUGAAAUUUAAGUACUAGGUUAAUGUUAUAUCAUCUUAUAUCUCUCCCAAUCGAAUAAUAAAUCUGUUGUUAAGCCGAGCGAUCAUUGUCAGGCAGUGAUUACAAAGUUAGAGGUCAUGUUAAAUUUAAACUUCUGAAAAUAAGGCAGUGAAAACAAAUUUGAAUAUUGUAAAUUUUUUGCUGUAAAUACUUGAACAAAUUUAUACUUACUUACAAUCGAACAAUUUUGCAAUAAUUUAUUGUUAACAAGAACUAAUUUGGGAAAAUGUUUAAUAUUAGUGAGCUUGAGAUUAAACAUAUUUACUUUUGAUUUACUGCUCGAUAAAUUAGAGAGUGUGAGUGCAACAUUUUCACUUUUUUCAAUUAUUUUGAUAAUAUUCGCUUUCCAAUUACAAAAUUUGAGCACCCAAUUUUUGCUUCUCAAGAGACAGAUAAAUGUUUGGGUCUCCAUGAGCUUCAAAAUUGUGCUUUAAACACACUGUUUCAUUUCGAUUCAUUUGGAAUUGAUGUUCUGUGGGCAUUUAUGUCAAAAUCAUUUCAAUUUAUUUGGAAUUGAUGUUCUGUGGGCAUUUAUGUCAAAAUCAUUUCGAUUUAUUUGGAAUUGAUGUUCUGUGGGCAUUUAUGUCAAAAUCAUUUCAAUUUAUUUGGAAUUGAUGUUCUGUGGGCAUUUAUGUCAAAAUCAUUUCAAUUUAUUUGGAAUUGAUGUUCUGUGGGCAUUUAUUUCAAAAUCAUUUCGAUUUAUUUGGAAUUAGCGUCUGUAGUUGUAGUUCUACUUGAUUUCGCCCUAACUUUGAGCUUUUUUGUUUAAUAUUGAUAUCUGCAGAAGAAGUGAGGUUAAUUCCACAACAAUUAAGUGAAUCGAGAACGACUACGCCCGACCCGGAAGGUCGACAGUUGACUAAAGUGAUGAAAAGAGGUUAGGUUAGGCUUUAUAAUAUAUUGAAGGGGGUGUACAGGUGAUUGGAUGAAGCGAUGACAUAUUGAGUGAUGAAAAUAUCAUUAGAGUACAAUCCAGUAUUUGAAAUCUCGAAAAAUAUUAACAAAAAAAAAUGGACAAAAACUGUAAACAUUUUAAUUGGUACUCUGAGUACGUUAAAAAUAUAACCUCUAAAUGACAAAUGUUUCCCUUUCCUUUUCCAGUACUUAUCAAGUGAACUUAUGAACAAACAAUGGAUAUUUGACACUUUAUUUCUGCCAAAUAACCAAAAAAGGACUAGAAAUCAACUGUGAGUGGACAACGACUUGGAAGGUCGAAAGUUAACUUAAAAGAAUAUGCGCAGGUUAGGCGUUAUAAUGUAUUGAGUUAUAAGGGUGCGAAGAGGUGAUUGGUUGAAGAUAUAGAGUGAUGAAAACAUCACUUAAGUACAAUCUAGACUUUGAAAUAUCGGACAAUAGAAACAUAGCGAAAAGAACAGAAAAAA